AUGGUCGCUUUGGAAGUUCUUUCAAGCGUCGAGGCGCUGCCCGAAACCAAGACGCUCAAAAGGGGGAUCUACGUUCCCGUCCUUACCUUCUUCAAGGGCGAGCAUGGAGCCGUCCUCGACCUCGAGGCUUUCGAGAAGCACAUAGUCUACGUCGCCACCAGCGGCGUUGCAGGCAUCGUAGUUCUCGGAUCCACCGGCGAGGCGGUCUCGCUUACCGACGACGAAAAGGUCACACUUGUCCGCUCGACGAGGAAAGCUAUGAAUGCCUGUGGAUGCUCCGACAUGCCUCUCAUCGCCGGCGCAGGUGGCCACUCGAUCGUCACUGCCCGCGAAAGCCUCGCGGCCAUAACAAAUGCAGGAGCCUCCCACGCUUUGGUACUUCCUUCUUCCUACUACCCCAACCAGCUCGGCGCUCCGGCAGCGCUCGAAUUCUACACUGCCAUCGCCGAUUCAUCCCCCAUUCCCAUCCUCAUCUACUCCUAUCCCGGUGUCUGCUCCGGCAUCAACCUGAGCUCCGAUGUCACCCGCAAGCUUUCGCAACAUCCCCGCAUCCGCGGUGUCAAGCAUACCGAUCACGACAUCGGCAAGAUGGCCAGGAACUGCGCCUUGCCUGCAGCUGCCGACGAUGGCGCUCACUUUCUUGUCCUCGGCGGCGCGAGCGACUACUUGGUCGGUGCCCUGGCGGUAGGCGCACACGGCACCAUCACUGGCAUGGGAAAUAUCGCACCCAGAGCCGUCGUCGAGCUCCAACACCUCUUCGAUCAAGGCCGUCGUCGAGAAGCUACCGAGCUUCAGCACAUCAUCUCGCUCGCAGAGUGGGAGCUCGGUAAAGGUGGCGUACCCAUGCACAAGGCACUUGUGGAGUCUUUCCACGGAUAUGGCGGCCUUCCGCGCGCACCUUUGCAGCCAUCGCCCAAGGAAACUAUUCAGCACGCAGUCGAUGCCUUCCAUCGUCUCAUGCAAGUCGAGGCGGAGCUCGCAAAAUCAUCGUAG